UCGAUAUUAUCAUCAUUGGCUAACACAGCUCUAAGCUGUUUUUUUUAUAAAAACUUCUCUCAAAUUUUGGCUAUUAUUUUACCGCAUUAAAGAACGCUGACAAAACAAGUAAUAUUCCUUUGCUCAGAUCAAAAAAAGUUUCACUUGGCAACAAUAGAUUUAUCCGUCAGUAGUCCUAUAAACGGCCCCCCGUAGUGAAAGAGACCUGCUUUUUCUGACAGACGCCUGCAGAAAAAAGGCAUUAAAAUAAGGAAAUGCGCGAUUUUCCAAAGGAAUUGAUUUCUAGAGUUCAACCGUGAAAAUAAUGAAUAACAUUGUCUACAACUUUUCGAAGAUCACGCUUCAACCAAAAGAGGUGGGGUUCCCGAGGAAUAGGUCGUCAACUAGCUCGAGCUUAUCAUUCAGACUGAAGGAGAUGGCCAUGUCUGACACAGAGGAAAUGCAAGAUACAUCGGCGCCAAUAGCAGCCGAUGAUAACGAGGAUAACAUUAGCACUGAAUCCUUUGAUUCUGACGAUGUGGACUCCCAACUUAGUCGUUGCGAGGAUAAUGACGAUGACAGCGAUUGCAUCAGUGGAUCGACCUUCUUUCGUAGUUCCAAUUUCGGAGCUAGGGCGGGCGUGGCUCGUCGCAAAAUGCCCGCUAGAGUAUCCAAGGACAACUUUAAUCGAGUAUGCAGCGCCAUCAUGAAACCUAUCAAGAAGAAGCAGCGAAAGGAACUUAGCACUAAUCCCCAGACCCUCAAGAGCAUUGAGAAGAUCUACACCAGCAAGCGUAUGAAGAAGUUCACACCCACCAAUCUCGAGACAAUCUUCGAGGAGCCCAGCGACGAGAAUGCCGCCGAUGCAGAGGAUGACAGUGAGGAGUGCUCUAUUAGCAGCCAAGUUAAAGUCGUCAAGGUUUGGGGUCGCAAACUUCGCCGAGCCAUCUCGUUCAGCGAUGGCCUGAGCAAGAACAAGAUAUUGUCAAAGAAACGUCGCCAAAAGGUGAAGAAAACCUUUGGUAAGCGCUUUGCGCUCAAGAAAAUCUCCAUGACCGAGUUCCACGACCGCUUGAACAAGAGUUUUGACAGUGCCAUGCUGGAGGGCGAUGAUGCAGAGGCUGGAGGUUCAACGGGAACCAUAGAGAUUCCCAAGACUUCCAUGACCAUGGAGGAUAUACAGCUACCGGCAAUGAGCAGCCAACACCAGUUCCUCAUGCAACCAGCAGGCUUCGAGUAGAGAGACUGAAUGAUCCAUUUCAUUUGCACCCCAUUAUAUUCAUCACAUAACAACUAGCAUAUAUUGUCCAAAAAGAAAUGUACUGAUACCAACUAUGAAGCUAGAAACUACGUUUGUUUGGAUUACUUUAUCCCGUAGUUAUAAGAACGCAUUCAAGAAAUAUGUGUGUAAAUAGCAUGUAGACAAAAAUAAACUAGAGCUAAACCUAAAAGUAAAAUUAUCCAGCCAUAGAAUACGAUUCUGUGCCUAGCAAUUAAGGGGAUUAAUAAACGUUAAAAAUACAUAUCCAUCUGCUGCUGUUCGAGAAUCCUUUUAAGCUGGUCAAAAGGGGAUCAUAACGCAGUCAUUUUAAGUCCAUCAAGAGCUGUUAUAAGGUUUUUUUGUAAUCACUUUUCUAGGUCUAAGAUAUACUUUUUAGUUUGAUAUUUAUUUUUAAAGGUACUUCUCAUAUGUUUAAACUAUUAUUGAACUUAUAUUAAGUAUCUUAUAAUGUUCUAGCUUUUAUAUGUUAAACUUUAUCACUUUCGACAGAGACCAUUUUUAUAUCAUGAUUUCCCAAAAAUAAAAUUAACUCAAGA